AUUAUAAAAUUAUCGAUUGCAAGUACUUGUUAAUAUUGAAAAGAGACCCAAUAUGGGCGACUACAAGACAAAGCUGGUAAUUGCUGCUAUAGAUUUCGGAACAACUUACUCCGGAUAUGCGUAUUCCUUUCGACAUAUCUUAAAAAAGGAUCCAUUAAAGACAUACGAAAACAUUUGGACAGACGAUAAUGGCAAGUUACAGACAUCUAAAGCGCCUACUACUGUCCUUUUUGAACCAAAUGGGGAAUUCCACUCGUUUGGAUAUGAGGCGGAAAAAAGUAUGCCGACUUAGCUGAUGACGACGAACAUCAUGGAUGGAAGUACUUCAAACAUUUCAAGAUGAACUUGCAUGGACAAACACGACUGAAACGCAACUUAAAACUGAGAGAUGAUCAGGGGAAAAAGAUUUUGGCUAUAGAUGUUUUCGCUGCAGCAAUCAAGUUCCUUAAAGAACAGCUUUUUGAACAGUUAACGUUAAAGGUGAAAGAUAUGGAAAAAACUGAUAUUUACUGGGUUAUAACUGUUCCAGCAAUUUGGCAAUACAGUGCAAAACAGUUCAUGAAGGAGGCAUCUCUAAAAGCUGGUAUACCAGCUGAUCAGUUUACAUUCGCACUCGAACCAGAAGCAGCGGCGAUUUAUUGCAAGCAGUACGAAGCGUCUAGAUGUGUGGACGAAGAUGGAACAACAACCAUUAAAUCUUUUGCGCCUGGCUCACAGUUCAUGGUUCUGGAUCUUGGAGGAAUGACUUUUCUUCAUUUUUUAAUUAUUAUCUCUGUUCUUUCCGCUGGACAUACUCAUUAGCUUUGCUUUACACGUGAUUAUAUCAUUGAACUAUUAUAUCAAACUUUACAUAGAAUUAUAUCAUUUCCCUCUUUACGAUUAUUUGGCGGGAAAUAUAUGGUUUAGUCUAGUCGUCUCUCCGUCUGUGACAAAAUCGUGUUCACAAGUGCGUUUCAUUACCUAUACAUGUAUUGCCUUUGCCACCAUUUAAGCAAACCCAUACCUUAUUCUACAGGAACACAAUAAAAAAAUUAUACAAAAAUCAUUGAAUUAGUACUUAAUGACAAAGAGGCUAAACAUAUAAUGACAAUGUUAGAGACAUAAAAACUACAUUUAUUAAAUAUUUCAUAAAUUGUAAAAUAUAUUCAAAACUUUGCAUGCUAAUUGCAUAUCCUGUCAUCAUACAUCAGGGAUAUUUUUCACAAUUAGAGCAAUCAUCAUCAAUCAAAAUUUUAAAAUUCAGGCACAUUUAAUGGAAAAACGCCUGGAACAUUAUCCUCAUUUUCACCAUAGUUUCCUCAAGCACACAAUUUGCUCUAUGUUAGGGGAUGAUUUUCUCUCGUGAUUUUAUAUAAGAUCAUAUUGAGCCCUCUUAAUGACAUCUUAUACUAGCCUCUUGCACUGAUAACUUAUAACUGAUACAGCAAUUAUGAAAAUACCGUAGAUUGUUGUAGUUUUGGUACAGUAACUACAGUUCAUUCUUCAUCUGCCGUUUACAUAAAUAAGCCUUUGCUGCAUAUUUGCAACUUCUAGGAAAUUAGUUGUGUGAAUGACAUGUGAAAUGCAAACUUAGCAGGAGAAGCUCGUUUAAGUUGUACCGGAAUAUUCUGAUGAACAUCGGUGAUUUCUACAUGUAAUACAAUAUGAAAUAAUGGUAGAUUAGAGAAAUGAUUUCUAUUAAAUGUAAUGCAAGAUAAAUAAUUAAUUGGUCAACUGUAAUAUUUGAAAGUUUUCUUUUAAUUCGGAACAAAUGGUUAUGUGAUAUUCUAAUAUAAAUACAUCAGAAGGGUGACAAAGACUUCUGCAAUUAUUACAUAUGUACAACAGUAAAGAACCUGUACUUCAUUGGAGGUUUUCAAAGAACUUGGUACAAGUGUUUAUCAUAAUGAGAAAACAUGCCGAACGUAAAUUUCAGUCAUGUCGGUUCAAAGUGAAGGUCAUAUGGUGAGAUCAAAUGUCAAGUAGACAGCAGUUGUGUCCGCUCUGCAUCCUGUUACCCCUAAAAAGUAUUAUCAAACAACAUGGCCCACAACUGGGAGAACGCAACGUUUAGUCAUAUCCGUUCAAGGGCAAGGUCGUACAGUGCGAUUAUACGUCAGUAUGAAGUGGCACUGUCGAUAUAACAUCGAGCGAAGUUCAGGCAGAUGGUGCGUUGAAGGAACUGUACCCUCCAAGCGGCGGACCAUGGGGUGGAACUUUGGUAGAUCGAGAAGUAUACGACUUCUUUGAAGCCGUUCUUGGGAGCGAUGUCUGGGAAAUGUUCAAAUCCACUAAGAAGCUAGAUGCCCUUGAACUUGCUGCAACGUUAGAAAUGAAAAAGAGGCAAUGUAAGGCGAAGUCAUCAGAUGAAAUUACAAUAUCUCUGCCAAAUUCCUUAUAUACUUUGUAUCACAAAAUCAAAGGCAAGGAUCUACAAAGCGAUUUGGGAAUAGGCCAGUUUGUCAAAACGGUUAGAAUGAGAAAUGAUAAACUCCGUGUUGGGAAUGACAAAUUUAAAGAACUGUUUGAAAAUGCCAAACUCUUGUUGCUUGAACAUUUGAAAGAACUUUGUGAUAAACCAGAACUGAAAAAUGUAUCUACGUUGAUGAUGGUCGGUGGAUUUUCAGAGUCGCCGAUAAUGCAUAAGGCAGUUAUGGAAGCUUUUCCAAACAAGCACGUGAUCAUACCACAGGAAGCAGGAACCAUAGUAAUGAGAGGGGCAGUUAUUUAUGGUUUUAAGAAAGAAAUAAUUCAUUCGAGAAAAAUACCAUUUUCAUAUGGUAUUUCGUCAGCAGUUCCAUUUGACCCGAGAAAACAUCCGGCAAAUAUGAAAUGUUUGAAUGGCUUCGGUUUCGAAAGAGUUGAGGAUGUUUUUCACGAGUUCGUCAGAAAAGGACAAACGGUGAUUCAGGGUGAAACGAAGAUUCAACAUUCUUUUAUGACAUCAUAUGAUGGUACUGCUUCUGUUGAAGUUUAUCAGACACCGGCAGACAAAUUGGCAGAUACCAGUUACACAUCCGGGCCAGAGUUUGAGAGAAUCGGAGAACUAAGUCUUAUUCCAAAGAAAGAAGGAAGACAGCAAAUUGAUGUCACAAUGACAUUUGGUGGUAUUGAGUUAGAGGUGGAAGCUAAAGACACGGGACGCAAAAUAAAGUGAUUGCAAAAUUUGAUUUUCUUACGUAAAUAUAUUUAUUAAUGCACAGCGUAUCGUACCUCGGUAGGUACGUCUUUAUUCAGAGAGUGUGUUAUUUUCACGUAGAUCAUAAACAAUGACAUGUAUGUAUGUUAAAUGAAUGAGAAGCCAUUAUAUUUCUCUAUUAGAAGCGUAGUUUUUAUCAACCAUUUAUUGAAGAUAACUGACAAUUUCUUUCUCUCUAAGUUAGAGCAAUAACUUUUAUUUAUUUUAUUGCUGUUUGUGGUAUCUGGUAAAGGGAGACAUCAGGUUGUUAAGUAACAACUGAACGCCCCUUGUGUUUCAAAUAAGGCCCUUUAUGUGACAAAGUACAGUAAUUAUGUUAAAUGCUGUUUUAACUUGUAUUGUUUUUCAUUGUAUGAAAUUUUGUACUGUGUAUCUUUAUGAAAUCUAAGUUGUUUAAUAAUUUAAUGGGGUCACAUCAAUCUGAAAGCCUCGGACAAAAACUAAGACAAAAGAAAGUAAAUAUGAAUAAAACCAUACUAAUUUAUAAAAUCUGUCUGUUCGAUAAUAAAUAAUCAGAUGUAAGUAGUUGUAUAACUGUUUGAUUACCUAAAUGCAAUAAUAGAGUUAUCCUACAUAACACGAAAACAUACAUUGUACAUUAUUUAUACUUUUAACUUUUUUUCCUGACAUAUGUUAUUCCUUUAUGCUUUUAUUUCACAUUUCACCUAAAUGUAAAAAAGAGGUGUUUAUUUGUUU